AUGGCUUCCUCGCCAGUCCUUAAGCGAUCGGAAACAAUUGCCGACAGCAUGCCUGAUGCAUUAAGGCAGAGCCGGUAUCACAUGAAGAGAUGUUUUUCCAGGUUUGUUGCACCUGGGAAAAGACUGAUGAAACGCCAACAUAUAAUGGAUGAAGUUGAUAAAUCAAUACAAGAUAAGAGUGAAAGGAAAAAGGUCUUGGAAGGCUUACUUGGUUACAUCCUGAGUUGCACUCAGGAGGCAGCUGUCGUCCCACCUUUUGUUGCAUUUGCCGUAAGACCGAAUCCGGGUUUCUGGGAAUAUGUUAGAGUGAAUGCUGAAGAUUUGAGCGUAGAUGGUGUCUCCGUUUCAGAAUAUUUGCAGUUUAAGGAAAUGAUCUUCGAUGAGAAAUGGGCGAACGAUGCAAAUGCGUUGGAAGUAGAUUUUGGAGCCAUGGAUUUCUCUACUCCUCAUCUAACUCUUUCUUCUUCUAUUGGGAAUGGACUCAACUACAUGUCAAAGUUCAUGUCCUCAAAGCUUAGUGGAAGUUCUUACGCCGCGAAGCCUCUGCUCAACUAUUUGUUAGCGCUCGAUCAUCAAGGAGAGAAUCUUAUGAUCAAUCAAACGCUAGAUACAGUUUCCAAGCUUCAAGCAGCAUUGAUUGUUGGCGAAGUAGUCGUCUCUUCAUUUCCGAAACACACCCCAUAUCAGGAUUUCCAGCAGAGCUUGAGAGAUUUGGGAUUUGACAAGGGAUGGGGAGACACUGCAGAAAGAGUUAAAGAGACGAUGAGGAUGCUUUCUGAAUCACUUCAAGCUCCAGACCCCGUGAAACUGGAGUUGCUCUUUAGCAGGAUUCCCAACAUGUUCAACGUUGUGAUCUUCUCUCCACACGGUUACUUCGGCCAGUCAGAUGUCCUCGGGUUGCCGGACACCGGUGGCCAGGUCGUUUACAUUCUUGAUCAAGUAAGAGCUUUUGAGGAAGAACUGCUGCUUAAAAUAAAGCAGCAAGGCCUUGGUGUGAAGCCUCAAAUUCUUGUGAUAACGCGACUUAUACCAAAUGCCGAAGGGACAACCUGCAACCAAGAGGUGGAGCCUAUUUUCGGUACAAAGUACUCCUACAUUGUUAGAGUCCCCUUCAAGACAGAGAAAGGGGUUCUCCCUCAGUGGGUUUCGCGUUUCGAUGUUUACCCUUACCUUGAGAGAUUUGCUCAGGAUGCUGCUGAUAAGGUCCUUGAACACAUGGACUGUAAACCCGAUCUCAUCAUUGGGAAUUACAGUGAUGGGAACUUGGUGGCUUCUCUAAUGGCGCAGAAACUCGGCAUAACUCUGGGAACUAUUGCUCAUGCUUUGGAGAAAACUAAGUAUGGAGAUUCUGAUGCCAAGUGGAAGGAAUUUGACCCCAAGUACCACUUUUCCUGUCAAUUCACGGCAGACAUAAUUGCGAUGAAUGCUGCUGAUUUUAUCAUAACCAGCACAUACCAAGAAAUUGCAGGAAGCAAGGAUAGGGCAGGACAGUAUGAAAGCCAUGUGGCAUUUACUAUGCCAGGACUUGCCCGUGUUGUGUCAGGGAUCAAUGUCUUUGAUCCAAAGUUCAACAUUGCUUCUCCUGGGGCUGAUCAAUCUGUCUACUUCCCCUACACCGAGAAACAGAAGCGGCUAACCUCUUUUCAUCCUGCCAUUGAAGAACUACUCUAUGACGAUGAGGAUAACAAUGAGCAUACUGGAUAUCUUGCAGACAAGAAGAAACCAAUUAUCUUCUCCAUGGCAAGACUGGAUACGGUGAAAAACAUUUCAGGGCUGACAGAGUGGUAUGGAAAGAACACGAAGCUAAGAAACUUGGUGAAUCUCGUUGUUGUAGCGGGAUUCUUUGAUCCAUCUAAGACAAAUGAUAGAGAAGAAAUUGCAGAGAUCAAAAAGAUGCAUGCCUUGAUAGAGAAAUACCAACUUAAAGGUCAGUUCAGAUGGAUAGCAGCUCAAACUGACAGAUUCCGAAACGGAGAGCUAUACCGCUGGAUUGCAGACACAAAGGGAGCUUUUGUUCAGCCUGCACUUUAUGAGGCUUUUGGCCUAACAGUCAUCGAGGCAAUGAACUGUGGAUUACCUACCUUUGCCACCAAUCAAGGUGGCCCGGCAGAAAUUAUUGUUGAUGGGGUCUCAGGAUUCCACAUUGAUCCCAACAAUGGCGAUGAGUCAAGCAACAAGAUAGCAGAUUUCUUCGAGAAGUGCAAGACAGAUGCUGACUAUUGGAAUAAGAUGUCAGCAGCUGGUCUCCAACGCAUCUACGAGUGCUAUACUUGGAAGAUCUACGCAAGCAAAGUGUUGAACAUGGGAUCCGUUUAUGGAUUUUGGAGGCAGAUGAACAGUGAACAGAAGCUUGCGAAGCAAAGAUAUAUUGAAACCUUUUACAAUCUCCAAUUCAGGAAUUUGGCAAAGAAUGUCCCAAUCCCAGGAUUUGCUCCACCUUCACACCCUUCAGCAACUGCAAAACCUAAACCCCAAGAACCAGCACCAACUGCUACAGCUGAAUCUCAGCAAUCACUUCCAACCCAGAAAGCCAAAUCCCCAGUGCCAGUACCUAAGACUCAGCUAACGCAAAGGAUCACACAACCCCAUCAGCCUCAAAGCCAAAGGAAAGACAAGGAAAGCGUAGAGCAAAAGGCCCUUGCACAACCACAAAGCAGCACACAAAGAAACUUGAGUUCGUUGUUCUUCAAGAUCGUUUCUCUUAUUAUACUAUACUACAUCUUGAAGAGGUUGUAUUGCUACCUCACAUGA